CGCCGUUUGACCUUCCCUCAGUCCGAGUCACGUUUGACAUGUUUAGUAGGUGUCCGCACGGAGAAGUUUAUCCCGACAGGACUACACAAUGCAAAUACUCAUCUGUUGAAUGUUGUUGAUAUACAGGUUGUUGUCGGAGUAAACGCCCGGAACAAUGGUGAAAUAUUUCUGCUGCGCAGGUUUGCUGAAAAGCAGCUGGGACCAAGUAUGUAUCGCUUUCUGGCAACGAUAUCCCAAUCCCUACAGUAACCAUGUUUUAACUGAGGACAUAAUUUUCCGGGAGGUUACUCCGACCAACUGCCUCAUGUCCAGACGUCUGUUGACCAAAACUAGCCGAGGGCCUCGCUGGAUGGAGCGGUACCUUCCAAAGCAGAUGGCCAGCUCGGCAUACAUCAUCGAGGACUCUAUAGUGGACCCUCAGAAAAGGACCAUGACCACACUCACAUGGAACAUCAGCCACGCUCGCCUCAUGUCUGUGGAAGAGCGGUGCGAGUACCGAAUUAACCCUGAGAACAGCAGCUGGACGGAGAUAAAGAGAGAAGCUUGGAUUUCUUCCAAUGUCUACGGACUCACUCGAGCUGUUCAGGAAUUUGGCCUUGCAAGAUUCAAGACCAGUGUUACAAAGACCAUGAAAGGCUUUGAAUAUGUACUGGCCAGAAUGCAAGGUGAAACUCCAUCGAGAACCUUGGCAGAAACUGCUACAGAGCGAGCGAGAGAGACGGCGCUGGCAGCUAAGGAGAAGGCCAAAGACCUCGCCUCACAAGCCCAAAAGAAACAAUAUGUGUGAAGCACAUAUUAUAUGUCAUUGGCUCUUUUGCCAGUGACACUGGGACAGAUUUAACUCUCUUCCCCCCCAUGGUUCAGCUGGGGUAAGACAAACUGAUCCCGGUAAUGGGUAGACACCUCUGUGAGGAAGCAUCCAACUGAAAUGGUGGGUGGACCAUAAAAGGCCUGAGCUGGGUUCAUGAGCCUGUUUCAGCCUCCCUGUGUUGUGUCAUACUGAAUAUAUUGUACCUCUGACACCUGAUCAUCUCAGCACUUUUUACCACAGAUAGAGAUCUUACAAAAUAAUAUGGCUGAAUAUGGCUCUGGGUGCUAUAAAGUGAUGAUAGCACUUUGUCAGCCCUGAUACUGUUGCUCAGACCUUUGCUCAACCUCUGUGUCCAUCAACAAUGUUUGCUUUUUACUCUGUUCCUUUUGAGUAUGUCAUGUUGUUUUGUAUCUGCUUUGUGUUAUUAACAGCUUCUUGUCCAAGUGCUAAGAUUAGCUUAUCGCAGAAAAUCUGAUGAAUGCAAAUCCAUGUAUUUGGUAUGAUUUACUUCAGCUGUAUGUUUUGUUGCUGUCAUGUUGUCUCUUAGUUCAGUUCACCCGACCACACCUUAAUCAUCAAAGACUGAUUGCUUCAAGUUGAAGUUGAUUGACUGAAGAGGAAGAAGGGUCCAUAUUGUUGACAGUCAUAGCUUGAUAAGAAACAUAGCACUCUUGAUAUUGUGGUAAGAUCUGGUUGCAGUUAUCAGUGUCUUCACCUAGAUUUAAAAUGUGUGUACAAAGGCAAAAGUGAUUCCUUGCCUUGUACAUUCAGCUUAAACACACACAAGCCCAGCAUCAUUGUGCUCUUACUUUAUCAAUCAAAUAUCAGCUUGUCAAUAAAAAUACAAUUUCUUUGUAACCAUCAA